AUGUUUGAAGGAAUUGGCACCUCUGCACUUCUUAUUUACGUUUCGCUGCUUGUUAUCGUUCUGAUUGCGCUGACACUUAUAAUCCUGCUGAUUCAUUCUGGACUGUUUCGUCCCGUGGAUGACGUUGGAACUGGGAAACCGCCGAUCGGUCAAGCGACCAUUGCUUACAAAUUUCAGAAAGGUUCUUACAGUUCGGCUGGUCAAAUAUUUACCGAGGCAGCAUUAAUUGCACCUGAUAAUAAGGCUUUAGGCAUUUACUAUGACGAUCCAGACAAGGUGGAUUCAAAUGAAACACGAUAUUUGGUGGGGUCAGUAUUAUCUGAAGGCCCCACAGCUCCCAAUGAAGAGUUGGUGAAAAAAUUCAUAGAUCAAGAUUAUAAAAUACUGCAUCUUCCAGAGGUAACUUACGCAGUCCAAACCAAAUUCCCACAUAUUACAACAUUGUCCAUCCUGAUAGCUGUCCACAAAGCCUAUCCAAGACUGAAGGAUUACAUUGAAGAGCAUAAGCUGUGUGCACAUCCCUUCAUUGAAAUCUACGAUGGAAAGACAAUCCAUUUUGUGGCUCCCUUGUCCAAACAAGACGAGUUUUAUGUACCUGAGUGUGAACAGCCAAAAUGUGGUGACCAGGACUUAAGUGAUGGAGAUGGAACUGUGCUAGAUACAUCGGCUUCUGCCCUCGGUGAAUCUCAAGAAAGUCAGAAUGUUAGCCACACCACUGAUGACUCUUUGUCACAGGAUAUGCCAGAGCCGGAACCAGAAGAGGAGCUGCAAGACAAAUCAGCUCCCAUUGAUGUGGAUUAUGCUGAAGAUGUGGAGGAUAGCAAUGGUAAUAAUAAUUUGGUGGAAGGGAAUGGGGAGGAAAGAGCCAAUGAUGAUGAACAGGCCUCCGAUGAUUCCUCAUCCUCCUUUGAAGUACUGAGAACUGAAACCGCUGAAUAA